AUGUCGCCAGGACGUGGAUAUCCGGCCGCACGAGAUCCUGAGAAUAUACGUGAUUGCAACAGCAUCACAGCCAGGAACACAGGUGAGCGUUGCAGCACCGUAGCCAUUACUGAGGACUGGAGACACAACCAGUCGGUCAAGGUUGUGUUCCUGCUGGGUGUGGUGUCGGUCAGUGUGGGUGAGCGUCGUCCAGUCUACUCCUACACCGCUCCUCAGGGGUCUGAUGAAUACUCCGAUGAGUCUAGAGAGGCUCGGUACAACUUCAACUAUGCUGUGAAACACGAAGACUCCGGCAACGACUUCGGUCACCAGGAGACCCGCGACGGUGACGACACCAAAGGGUCGUACUACGUGCAGCUUCCCGACGGUCGUCUGCAGACUGUGACUUACUCCGUGGACGGUGACUCAGGCUACGUGGCCGAGGUCUCCUACCAGGGCGAGGCUCGCUACCCGGACUCCGAUGAGAUCAGGUCAUACGCUCAACGAAGACCAUCACACACUCCAUCCAGACCAUCCUACACUAGGAUAGGACCAUCCAACAUCGCCCCCAGAGCAUUCUUCGCGUCUCCUAGACCAUCGUACUCGAAUCCCGAGGCUGAAGAAUCCCGCGAAGUCAUCGUGUACGCCUCAUCAGAAGGUUCCCUGGAGACUGGCUCGUACAGUCCGCCCCGCUACUUCGCGGGUCCUUCAGAAGAGUCCUCCGAGGAGUUCGAGGACUCUCCCUUCACCCACUACACCCAUCCGGACUCUCUUAACAACUACAAACCACCCGUCUACAUCCCAAACACCCGUAACUACGGAUUUUAGCAUCGGAAAUCGAGCUACUAAUCUGAAUUUAGUACCAGAAUUAUAAACCACUGUCUAAUGCUGCAAAUUUGAUAAUUUU